AGAACUCCGAAUCUCGACUUCUGAGCUUUUCUUACUACUGGCCGAUCGAAACUUCGGUGAAAUCUUCAAGAUGUCAGACAAUUGUGAUAAUUCUGAGCUAGCUAUUGCAGAAACACAGCCUAACAACAGGCGUAGGAGGAAGAAGUCCAUAGUAUGGGAACACUUUACCAUUGAACCUGUGGGUAAUGGCUGUACCAGGGCUUGCUGUAUGCAGUGCAAGCAGACAUUUGCAUAUAGUACUGGGUCAAAACUGGCAGGUACCAGCCACCUCAAACGACACAUAGCCUUGGGGACCUGUCCAGUAACCCGCCGUAACCAGGAGAAGAAUCAACUGACCCCAUAUUCCAAAACUGGGAGUGCUACAGAUCCUCCCCUAAAAAGACGGAGAGCAAGUCCUGGUUCACCAUUUUUUCCCUUUGAUCAGGAACUCUGCCGCCAGGAGAUUGCUAAGAUGAUCAUCACGCAUGAGUACCCACUUCACAUGGUAGAACAUCCAGGCUUUGCAGCUUUUGUGCAUAAUCUUCAACCUCGGUUCAAUAUGGUAAGCUUCAGCACAGUCCAAGGGGAUUGUGUGGCCAUUUAUUUAAGGGAGAAACAAAGCCUUCAAAAUGUUCUGGGAGGAAUGCCUGGACGCAUCAGCCUUGCUUUGGACUUGUGGACUUCAAAUCAAAAUCUUGGCUAUGUUUUGGUAAGGGGGCAGUAUAUUGACACAGAUUGGAAGUUGCAUCGGCUGAUUUAUAAUGUUGUUAUGGUACCAAAUCCAGAAUCUGGCAAUGCCUUGACUCAAGCUGUAGUGUCUUUCCUUUGUGAUUGGAGUUUGGAGAGCAAGAUAUUUACUGUCACUGUUGAUCAACGCUUCUCAAAUGAUGAAGCAACUGGAGAUCUCAGAGGUUUUAUCUCCAUCGAAAACCCGCUUAUGCUCAAUGGCCAGUUAUUAAUACGGCAUUGCUAUGCCCAUGUUUUAAGCAGCCUUGCACAAGAUGCACUGGCAGCAGUGAGGGAAUCCGUCAACAAAGUCCGUUCAAGUGUUAAGUUUGUGAAGACAUCAGAGACUCAUGAAGAAAUCUUUACUGAACUUAAACAACACCUUCAGGUACCUAGCAGAAAGACCCUACUCCUUGAUGAUGAAACAAAAUGGAACACAACGUAUCUCAUGCUGGUCGUUGCUUUGGAGGUGAAGGAAGUAUUUUCUUGCUUGGAUACUUCGGAUCCAGAAUACAAGGAAACCCCCUCGAUGGAUGACUGGAAACAGGUUGAAACUCUGUGCACAUACUUGAAGCUUCUAUAUGAUGCAGCUAGUAUCUUAUCGACUGCACCAUACCCAACUGCCAAUAUGUUCUUCCAUGAGGUGUGGAAAAUCCAUUUGGAGCUCACACAUGCAGCUGUGAACCAGGAUCCCUUUAUCAGCAAUCUUGCCAGACCAAUGCAAGAGAAGUUUGAUAAAUAUUGGAAGGACUGCAGCCUUGUCUUAGCUGUUGCUGUUGUUAUGGAUCCACGGUUCAAGAUGAAGCUUGUGGAGUUCAGCUUCUCAAAGAUCUAUGGGGAUGAUGCUAGCACAUACAUCAAGAUUGUAGAUGAGGGCAUUCAUGAACUUUUCCUGGAUUAUGUAGCACAACCACUUCCCCUUACGCCAACUUAUGUGGAUCAUGGGAUUUCCAGCAGCCCCAAGAGGGAGACAUCACCAGGGGCACUUCUUGCCGCUGGCGAUGGGCUUCUGGAUUUUGAUGUCUACAUCUCCGAGAUAUCUGCAAGCCAACAAUCAAAGUCGGAGCUGGAUCAGUACCUGGAAGAGUCCCUGGUACCUAGGAUACAGGAGUUUGACAUAUUGAGUUGGUGGAAACUGAACAACCUCAAGUAUCCUACGCUCUCAAAGAUGGCUCGUGACAUUUUAUCAAUCCCAGUAUCCACGGUUGGUACUGAUGCUGUGUUUGAUGUCAGACAUACAGUGCUUGAUUCCUAUCGGGCUUCCUUGCGACCUGAGACUUUGGAGGCACUUAUUUGUGCCAAGGAUUGGCUUCAGUGUAGAUCCAUAGAGAUGUCAAAAGCAAUAGUGAAAAUGGAAUUUUAGAACUUACAGGGGUUUCUUAUU